AGGCAGUCGACUAAAAAGUUCAGAUUUGCCCGUCACUAGAAGCAACAGAGUAGUGUUCGAUCAAAAAAGAUAUUAGUAGUUUUAAAUCUUUUUGCUUGAAAUUAUAACAUUCAGUACAGUUUUAGCUGAAAAAUUUAUGAUUACACCUUACGGUUUUACACAAUUGUGUCGAUAUUACUAUGCUGCCCGUGAAAUCUUCUCGUAUGUUUCAAUAUUAUUUGGAUAAUUUCUUCAAGUUUCCAAAAGAAAUAAAAAAUGAUAUCGUUUAUUGUCAACGGUCUUUUAAAGCACACAUCAAAGUACACCAGAUGGUUAUUGACGUGUUUCAACAGGAGGAGGACGCAGAUCCUGCUCAGAAACAGCGAAUUUUGGAUGAAAUUGAAUCGGAGCUUUACGAGAUAAAUGCUGAGCAGCAUUUCCUAUUGCUGCGAUUGCGUCGAAUAAUUGAUGAAUUCACGAAACUGGUGAAGAAGAACGAUGUUCCUAUGGACUAUACGGCAACAAGUGCUUGGAUUUCAAGAGAAUUAGUGCCACUUGUAAAUGAUUCCUCUAUUGAAAUAUUUCCUGCAACAGUACUGUCUCGGAGUACAGAACAAAAACUAAUCGAAAAAUAUUUUGAAGUACAGAAAGAAAAAGUUGUUUAUGAAAUUGAAGAUUCUGAUGAGGAGGACAAUUCGGUUAUACUUUCUAAUGAAAUGAAGGGUAUGCGAUGCAUUAAAAAUAAUUCUAAUAGCACCAUGUUUAGUGAAAAUAUACCCGCUGAUGGUACAUGCCCAUUACAAAGCCCCAGCGAGAACUCGAAUAGUUUGUCCCAAAUGUCUUUGUUAAAGCCAAUUUCUCAAAGAAUGGUAGGCAAUGUUGGGAUGGUUUCAGCAGGUUUUGAAGGAUUUCAAGAUGCUUCUAAAUUCCUACAAAUGAAUCUUAUAGAAGAAAAGAAUACUGGUGGUAAUCCAGAAAACAUGGGGUUGCCAUCUGAAGAUCCCCCACACUUACCCGAUACUUUAUCGAAAAUUGGCGAUUCCUUGGAGCCGCUAAUUGAUUUACCUGUAUCAAAGAAUGUAAAAAUUAGCCGAUUGAAUCUACGACAAGCCCUUAACAAGGCACGCACUGAAAAUAUGGUAGCAAAAGCAGCUGCAAACAUGCUAGCUCGUUCGGGUCCCUCUUCAACUUCAUCAAUAGAAACGUCUGCAGCCAAUCAUACUGCAAAAAAGUAUGAAAUUAGAACAAGAGCGGCAAGAAAUAAUGCCAGUAGUGCAGUAUCUGUUGCAACUGUUUCGAAGGAGCGCAAUACUGAAUUGAACUCAUCAUCUGAAGAUUCCAAUCCUGAACGUAUUCCAACACCUCCUCAACCUCAUUUAGGUUUCAUGGAAUAUGGAGAAGAGCGAACAUUACCAGAACAUUACGGCCAAGAAAUGUUUUUACGUCUUUUUCAACUUUUCACCCCUACCGUUCUUGUCCAGAUGCAACAGCGGCGCUCAAAACGCAAACGGCGUACUGUACAUAACAACGAACGAGCUGACUUUCACUAUGGCCGUAUUGAGUAUGGUAGCUAUCCUCCGCCAGAAAAAAAAAGAAAAGCUUUUUUACUUUCACCACAAAUAAAACGCGUUUUACAGUCGAAGCGUCCAAAACGUAGUAAUGCUGAAAAAAGUGAAGAUACUUUACCAUCUCGAUCUAGUUCGAGUUCACCGGAUGAAAAACGUUGUUGCAAUGAGUGCCUCAAAAGCGGCGAUUGCUUUGAUCAAUGCAUCGAGUGUAAAGGGUAUUAUCACCAAUUAUGUCAUCCGGAAGAUGACGAGAAGUCAACUACUUAUAAAAAGGCUUCAGUUUUAGAAAAUACCCAGCAAAAAUUAUGUCCGGCUUGUAGGCGUUCGCAAUCAAGACUAGUGAAUAAGGCAGAAGCACAAUAUCAAAAUUUGCAUUCCACGGCACAGGAGCUUGAAAAAAAACUCGCUCACGAGAAGGACCGACGUGCCAGCUUACAGCAAGAAAGUAAGAUGUACAAAUUACAAAUGCGCAACCUGUUUAACAUCGUUAAUACUAUUAAAAGUGAUCAGGAAAACGACAGUUCAGGAUAGAAUCUACGGUGCUACAAAUAUUUUUAAAAUAUUAUAUAAGAUAACAUUUUUCUCAAUUUGCCCAUGUUCAAGGUUUGUUACUAAAUAUUUUGAUUUUGCUAGCAUCCUUACACCUAUUAUUACGAGAGUUGAAAUACAUUUUUUUUGCUUUGUA